UGUUAAAAAAUUUGAAUCACGAAUUUUCGAAAGGCUGAACUUUAAUAAAUUACUACUUCACUUGAUAGUCAAAGUCAUAUAUAUGGGGUCCAAUUGAUUCAACAGAUUAAAUUUUACUAAACUACCCUAUUUUUUUUAUUUUGAAUCUAAACUAUAGUCUAUCAAAUAAUAAUUAAUAAUUAAUAAUUAAGUAUGCAUGGUGUACCACAUUCAAUUACUCCUCCUUACCCCACACAAGAACUAGAGCCAACUUCUUCAAGAGACACAGAUGGGAUAUGGUCAGCUCAUUUGAGGAAUGACCCCAGUGUGGCAGAUUUCAAUCUGGAUUUGGACUUACAUUUGGAUUUGAAUGGUGUGGUUCUGGAUGAACCUGAGCAUAUGGGCUAUGUGGGGCAAGAACUGAUAGACCAACAAUCUAUAGAUCCGAUAUCCAAUGAUAACAAGUUAACUGCUCUUACUAGUGCAGAAGUUAAAAGCAAACAUAAACUUGUUGUGAGUGCUCGUAUAUUUAUGGCAACAUCAGUAAUAUCAGCCUUACUCAUAAUAUUAUUUGAAAGUUAUUUAUUUGCUAUUGUUAACAUUCAUAAGAAUGAAUUUUCUGUAGGAACUGAUAGUAGAUAUAGUUAUGUCAAGUACACUGAAAUAUCUAUUUAUCUUGCUUUGUUUGUCUUUGCAGCAUUCUAUCAAGUACUUUUGACUUAUGUUGGACUAAGAACAAAGAAUAUCUUAUUAUUACUGAUGUUAUUGAUAUUCUAUGCGUGUAUGUUGGUUUAUACAGGGAUUCAAUAUCUGGAAAUAUCAGUGACUAUUCAACAAGUCUUAACUGGAAGUUAUAAAACAGCUACAAAAGCCACUAAUUUAGCUACUAUUGGAGUUCUUGGAGCUACUUUAAUUAUUCAGUUAGCAUUACUAUUAUUCAGAUUAAGAAAAAGAUUAGAUUUUGCUAGAUAUUAUAAAAUUGGAGCUAAUGAUCGAAUUAGAAAGAUGUAUAACGUGUUUCAAAUCCAUAGAUCACUUAUUAUCUUUGAUUUCUUCUUCUUUGUGGGGUUCACAAUUCAAUAUUUGGUGAUUAUGGUCAAUAAUAGAACAAAUUAUCAAUUUAUUCUUACAAUUUGCAUGAUCCCAGUGGGGAUCUUUAUUUUAUUUUUAAGUGAUUUUGCAACCACUAGAGAAGUUCGGAUUUUAACUAUAUUUACUGCUAUUUGUUUAGUAGGUGGUUCUACAUACAUAUUGUACAAAUUAGUAUUAUUAUACACUAAGUAUAGUACAGCUUAUAAUGCAUAUGUGGCACCUGGACAAUAUUUCCCAGGUCGUACAUCAUUAACGGUUUUUGGGAUUUUAACGUUAAUAUUACUAUUUGCUACUGUGGUUUUAGAAGGUUUUUCAUUUCGCAACUAUGGCAAAGGAUUAUUACCCAAGGUUAGUACUUAUUAUAGGUAUUUACCAGGUUAUAAUCAAGGAGCUAAAGAUACCCAUAAAAAUGAAAAGAAAUUAAGAAGCAGUGAUGAAAAGGCAACUAAUGAUAAUGGUUCUGAUGAGGUAUAUAUGGAUAGUCAUUCAGAUGAUGAUGACGUUUCGAUUAAUUAGAAAUGUAUUAGACAGUAACAAUACGUAUAAUGAUAAAUAAUACUAAUGAGUAAUUAUGACAAUGUAAUAUAAU